AUGCAGACCACUUUCAACGACAAGGCACCUACGGAGGAGGAGAGGAUCAAGCAGAACGAGGAGCGCGCACAAGCUGGCGAGCCUCAGUUGCCCGGAUCUGCUGGUCGUCAGACCGUCGCAGACAAGGACCCGAGCCGUGAGUCAUUCGAGGGGGCUCCGGGAUGA